GAGAUUAAGUAAUGAGAACUUGGGCCCAGUUUUUUCCAAGCCUGGAAGGGCAGAAAAUGUUCGUAUCCUUUCUGACCUCCCAGGCAAAUUCAGUGUUUUCCACAUUUAGGAGACUGCAGAAAGGUGAGGCAGAUAGAAUGGAGAUGGCAAAGAUCUCUGGGUAUAUAUGGCCCUGGAGAAGUAAUGGAAUAAUUUCUAAUUUUUGGAGAAGCCCUCAUGCCGGGAUGGCAGAAGAUGAACCUGAUGCUAAGAGCCCAAAGACUGGGGGAAGGGCCCCCUCAGGUAGUGCUGAGGCAGGGGAACCCACCACCCUCCUUCAGAGGCUCCGAGGUACCAUUUCCAAGGCCGUGCAGAACAAAGUAGAGGGAAUCCUGCAAGAUGUACAGAAAUUCUCAGACAACGACAAGCUGUAUCUCUACCUUCAGCUCCCCUCAGGGCCCAGUACUGGAGACAAAAGCUCAGAGCCAAGUACACUCAGCAAUGAGGAGUACAUGUAUGCUUAUAGGUGGAUCCGCAACCACCUAGAAGAGCAUACUGACACCUGCCUGCCAAAACAAAGUGUUUAUGAUGCCUAUCGGAAGUACUGUGAGAGUCUUGCCUGUUGCCGCCCACUCAGCACAGCCAACUUUGGCAAAAUCAUCAGAGAGAUCUUCCCUGACAUCAAAGCCCGAAGGCUUGGUGGCCGGGGCCAGUCCAAAUAUUGCUACAGUGGCAUACGAAGGAAGACCUUGGUGUCUAUGCCGCCCUUGCCCGGACUUGACCUAAAGGGCUCUGAGAGUCCAGAAAUGGGCCCAGAAGUAACCCCAGCACCUCGGGAUGAACUGGUUGAAGCAGCCUGUGCCCUGACCUGUGACUGGGCAGAGCGAAUCCUGAAACGGUCCUUCAGUUCCAUCGUUGAGGUCGCCCGCUUCCUGCUACAGCAGCAUCUCAUCUCUGCCCGAUCUGCACACGCCAAUGUGCUCAAGGCUAUGGGGCUUGCUGAAGAGGAUGAACACGCCCCUCGGGAACGGUCAUCUAAAUCCAAGAAUGGUGUAGAGAAUCUGGAGGGCGGAGCCCAUAAGAGACCAGAGAGACAGGCCCAGCCUCCUAAGGAGCUGGACCCCCGGGCUGGGGCUGGCCCCCCACCACGCGGAGAGCGAAAGAAGAGUGUAGUGGAGAGCCCAGCGCCAGCAGCCAAUAACCCACAGGUUAAUGCCCUAGUGGCCCGGCUGCCUCUGCUUCUCCCUCGGGCCCCUCGCUCGCUUAUUCCACCAAUCCGAGUCUCUCCACCCGUCCUGGCCCCCAAGCUUUCUUCAAGCACUCUGAAAAUGGCUACACUGCCUCUGCCCCCUAGAGCUGGGGGACCCCAAGCAGCUGUGCCCAUCAUUAACAUGAUCUUACCAACUGUUCCUGCUUUGCCCGGACCUGGGCCUGGGCCUGGGCCUGGGCCAGCUCCGCCUGGGGGGCUCACUCAGCCGAGGGGCACAGAGAACAGGGAAGCGGGCAUAGGGGGUGACCCGGGGCCCCAUGGCAAGGGUGUGAAGAGGACAGCUGAAGCACCUGUGAGUGAGGCCAGUGGGCAGGACCCACCAGCUAAAGCAACAAAGCAGGAUAUAGAGGCUACAGGAAGUGACGCCAAAAGAAAACGGGGGCGCCCUCGAAAACAAUCAGGUGGAAGUAGGGAAAGGAAUUCUACCCCUGACAAGUCAGCAGCUGCUGUGGACUCUGCCCAGCCCUCAAGGCGACCGCUGGAGACGUGGGCCUCUGGAGGGGAAGGCAACUCAGCUGGAGGGUCAGAGAGGCCAGGGCCAAUGGGAGAGGCUGAGAAGGAGACGCUUGCCCGAGGUCAGGCGGAUGGCGCUGUUUCCAGAGGAGGAAGGGGCCCCAGUUCCCGGCAUGCCAAAGAAGCAGAAGAUAAAAUUCCUCCUGUCACCCCGAAAGUGAGUGUCAUCAAGGGCAGUAGAAGCCAAAAGGAGGCUCUUCAUUUGGUCAAGGGAGAGGUAGACACUGCAGCACAGGGUAAUAAAGACUUAAAGGGGCAUGUGCUUCAAAGCUCCUUACCCCAUGAGUGAAAAGACCCCAAAGCAACACCCCCAUGAUAGGUACGUGGGGAAGAGUGCUAUGUUAACUCUACCUGUCUGCCUAGUAGAGGCCCUUCUUUGCACUUGCUUCUCACUUGGCUCUUCAUUCUCUUCUGUAUAGACAGCUGAGGCACCCUGUCUUGCAUAGUGCCUGGUUCUUGCCUCUUACCUUUCUAGCUCAAUACCCUUGGCUUUAGAGUCACUAAUAAAUCUGUACUGACCAUCUUACCUGGAUCCCUGUGCUAUCCUGUGGAAAUAUAGGGAUGGAGUAUGAUGAAUGUAUAGUUGAGGCAUCUUUCCAUUUUAAAUCAUAGAAAACCUAACUCAAACUGGCCUAAAAAUAAAAAUUUAUUGGCUCAUGUGACUGGAAAGUCCAGAGGUAGUGCUGGCUCCAGGUAAAGCUGAUCCAGUGGCUCAGUAUGUCUCUAAAUACGUGAUUGAUUUUCUUACCCUACUGUUCUACCUUCUGUAGGAUCAAGCCUGGUCCACCUCAUGGCUGCCAGCACUCCUAGGAUUACAUGUUUUCCUCAUUUAUGUCCAGCCAGAAAGAGAGGGCAUCUUUGUGCCAGGAAUUGUAGCAAAAGCCCUAAGAUUCACUCUGGUUAGGCCAGCCUGGGUCACAUGCCUGCCCCUAACCAAUCACUGUGGCCAGGAGUUUGGUAAAUGCUAGUUUGCUUAUUUAUUCUACAUCAUGGACUGUACCUUUUGAAAAAUGGGCAGGAUCAGCCUCCUUAGAAUCACAUAGAUCCCUAAAUGGAAACUGGGAGUGGGGAGUUCCUGGAGAGACAGCUGACACCUAGCCACUGCUAUGAAGUACCUGUGGUUUUAGCUUGCUAGGCUGAGACCAGCUAUACCUGCUUCUUCUUUUCCAAAUAGUCUUGCAUUUUCCUUACUGCAGCUAUAAUCUCUUUCCUCUUGUUCCAGUCUCAGAAGGAAUGAGAGGGAAAUCAUUCUUCUUUAGGGACUAUCUCUUUAGUCUCGUUUAGAUGACAGUCCCCUUUCUUUACAUCUCAGAGGUGGAUAUCCUUCCCUUUCCUGUUUCCGAAUUUUAGGUUUCUCCUCAUUCCUGCUUCCCUGUCCCCCACCCUACUGCCUCUUUCACCAUGUAGAGUGAAAGAUUUACUCCCUAGUCGUUUUAUUAAAUUCAUUCUGUAUCCACCAGGUGUCAGUCUCUUGUCAUGUACGUGUCAGGACUUAGCCAGGAUUGUGGGGCUUAGGCUAUGUGUAUGGAAGGGGGUAGCUGCACAUAUCAGGGAGCACCAGUAGGAAGGGAAUCCAGGUAUGUAUUUGGAAAAAGCAGUAAACCAGCUGAUAUUACUUGAGGACCUACUGUGUCUUCUGCAUAGGGUAGCUUCUGUCAGGGAUUCUCAGUUUUCUUUCAGGGAGCCUUCAUUCAUUUGUUCAUUUAUUUCCAGCAUUGCAGAUUUUCAAAAAUUAUAAUAUGUAAUGUUUGAUAUCUAUAAAGAAUAUAUUUAAAAUGGAUAAAUUAUGAAGCAUAAUAAUUAAAUGACCCAUCACCCAAUUUGUACAUUAAAACAUUAGAAAUACCA